ACAAACCAGGAAGGAAGUGCAGAGUUCACAAUGCAAACAUGUAAAAGUUGCUGCAGGUAACCUGGGCUCCGCGAACCCCCUCUCUCCCUGGACAGGCACUACCCGGACUCUGCUCACACUCACCACAGGGUCCCCUACACACACACAGGGGGACAGGGAGAGGAUUAGGGUCCCCUCCUGGAACCGCACCCAUGGAGUCCCCGCAGCUCACCGAGGACGAGAUGGCUGAAAUAAAAAAGGAAGUUUUAGAGAAACUGAGGCCGUACUUGUGUGAGAAAGUCAUUGCAGAAAGACAUUUUGAUUACCUGCGGGCAAAAAGGAUAUUGUCUAAGGAAGAUACGGAGGACAUUUCCUCCCAGGUACUGAAUAGACGAAAAACUGGAAAGUUGCUGGAUUACCUGGCAGAGAACCCGAAAGGCCUGGACACUCUGAUCAACUCCAUCAGGCGAGAGGGCACGCAGAACUUCCUGGUUCAGAGAAUAACAGACGAGGUGCAGAAGAUUAAAAACGAAAAGCUGAUCCAGAAAGCAGGAAAUUUCUCGAGCAGUUCAGAGAUGGCCAAAGAUACGUCGGAAACCAAUAACCUGUCCGUGUUCCCAUCCAUUGAGUCCAACAAUCAGAAGACAGAAGCAAACAUCCUCUUUCAUCCUGAAGGUGAAUACAGUCCCGUGCCAUCAGCCUCACCCACACUCUCUCCAUUGGAUUUGAAAUCCCUGUCUUUGUUGGAGAAGGCAAGCACACUGGGCAAUGUGGAAACCAUGCCGACGACAUUAUCCCUUCCCAGGCCGGGGGAGCCCGGAGCUCCUUCACUUCCCCCUGAACUCGAAGCUGAAGCUGAGGGAGCCUGUAGUAAUUCCAGUGACCCUGGCUUUUUGCCAUUACGGUCCCGUGCACCGUGACCAGGUGCCUGCAUCGAAAACCCCUGCGUGGUGACCUAGGAGCUUACACAGUGUCUGACUUUUAUGAUUCUAUGUCUUUAUUAAAUGUGGGUAAGAAACUGAGUGCUUUUGUAAAUGUACACAGAGGAACCAUGAUUAUCCAAGUAUCAAUUAUCCAAAUUUCGGAUUAUCCGAAGAAGAUCUCAAGGUCCCGCUAGAAGCAUUACAUCAAAGAGGUGUUUCGACACUGAUUAUUUAUAAUGAUGAAAAAUGAACUUGGCUCACUCAAAUGCUGCCGAUUACAGAUGGGAGCCCAGGCACCAUCUCCCAAUGACUGACCUCUCGCUCUCUCUCGCUCUCACUCUUGCGCUCUCUCUCUCUCUCCCUCCCUCCCUCCCCCCACACUUUCCCUGGAGUUCUACACAGGAGUGUAUCCUAAAUCCCCCUUCCCCACAUAAUCUCUCCAACAUUGUCCUACAUGGCCAGGGUGGAAUCC